CAGUAGCGUCAACAUGGCGGCGGUGGAUGUCAUUGUGAACAAACUGGCGGCACUGUGGAGGAUACCGGCCGCCCGGCGACUGUUCCCCUGGAUGUUUUUGCUCGUUUCAUUCGUGGGCUCGGUUUUGAAGAAGCUGGACGUCGUCCCGCAGACAUAUUUCAGCAACAGCAGAAAUGCCCUGAAUGUCUAUUUUGUCAAAGUGUCCUGGGGGUGGACGCUGCUGCUGCUGACUCCCUUCGUCCUCCUGUCCAACUCCUCCUUCAGCAGGAGCGUGUCCUUCCUUGGCCGGCGGCUGCUGUCUCUGGCAGUGGCAACAGCCGUCUGGUACAUCUGCACGGAGACGUUCUUCUACAUCGAGGACAUGACCGGCUCCUGUUAUGAAACUAGCAUCGAGGGUGUUAUCAACAAGGAGUUCAUAUCCAAAGCCACCUGCAGGGGCGCCGGCUUCCACUGGAAUGGCUACGACAUCUCAGGGCACUCCUUCAUCCUGUCCUACUCUUCUCUUUUCAUCAUGGAGGAAAUGGCCCCCAUGGCCUCAGUGAAGACAGCCAAUCUGUCUGCACUGCCCAGGCUGGUUCUCAACCUACUGUAUGUGGCCUUGAAUCUGAUCGUGAUGAUCUGGGUGUGGAUGUUUUCCUGCACCUCAAUUUACUUCCAUGACCUAUUUCAAAAUUUGAUAGGGACCAUGUUUGGCCUGUUGGGCUGGCAUCUGACGUAUCGGGUUUGGUAUCUAAAACCUUUGUCACCAGGACUCCCCCCUCAGCGUCACCCCAAAGAACAGAAACAACAUGCCUAAGCUGCAGUCAUACUUUCCUGUAUGACACUGUGUCUAGUAUUGCAGCCAUCCUCAAAACAACACACUACAGUUGAUGUUAUCUGUCUCCAGGUCCAAGCCGUCCACGCUAUUUUAAGUUAUUCCCUCCUCACAGAAAGGUUGUUUUGUACAGGAGGACCUGGCUCACAGUUCCUCCACAGUGUUUGGCAGCUGCUGUUCCCAAAAUGACUCUUGGUAAUCUGAGAUAAAAGCAAGACGCUGCUCUUCUGUCCAGCUUCAGCCUCUCACCUUCAGCCGCUGUGGCUCGCAUGAUAAAAAAAAGUUUGUCUCCCAGUUUGUUGCCUUAAAAUGCUUUUUUUUCGUGGAUGAGUAACCACAGCUUUUAGAUAUCCGAGUGGAAACACAAGAGAAUGUUUACAGCUCCAUGUGUGUAGCACUGACAGUAAAUGUAUUUUUGCAGACCAAUGUACAGUAGAUGUUCACUCUUUUUAUAGGAAACUCCCGUCAGAACAAAGUCAGAUCAGACACGGUAAAUACAGUGGAAGUGCAUUUCACUCUACAUGUAGGAUUUUAAUGAGCUAAUCACAUCUGGUUUGGGUUUACUGCAGCUGUGUGAUAACUAAUAAUUUUAAUGCCUCAUCAUAUACACACUGUAGUUGUAGGCGAGUCCUGAAAAUCAAAAUGCUUUAAAGUAUGAGGCUGGAAAUAAUCAGUUAUUUUCAUCGUUUGGUCCAUAAAAUGUCAGAAAACAGGGAAGAAUAUCCAUCAGUCUCCUAAAGCCCAGUUUGUGAAAUGUCCUGUUUGGUUUGAUCAACAGUGCAAAACCCAAAGAUUUUCAAUUUACAAAUAAAAGCAGAAGAUUCUCACAACUGAAAAGCUGUAACCAGCGGACAUUUUACUUUUGUCAUUGGAAAAAAAAAACUUGAGUGAUUAAUUGGCUGUGAAAAUAUAUGCAGAUAAUUAGCUUUUAGCUAUUAAAGCCACUUAGUUCACUAAGUCAGUAUUGCCAAUCUGAUUCCCCUGUGCCAUAGACCUCCAUUGUUUUACAGAAUCUAAGAAAAGCACAUGAAUGAUGAACGUUGUUGUUGAUUUGACACAAUCCUGCUUCCAUAAAAAUACCAGAUGUUGAUUAUUCCACGUCUGAUUGAGCAGCACUACAGUUCUCCAUUGUUAGGAAAUUAUUUAUACUUUUUAAAGACUGAAACUGUAAAUUCAAGACUUGUCUACAGCUCUAUUUUUAAUAAUAAAUUAUUAUUUUUAAAUAAUAAUAAUUUAUUAUUCAUAAUGUAAAUCAUAGUAGUUAGUAACUGUGUGGAAACAGCACAGUGAGUUCUGGCAAAAUAAAAACCAGGAUCCCUCUGUUUUAUUUUCAUUAUUUAUUUGUCAUUGAUGGCAACUGAAUAAAUUAAGGCUUAUGAACAAACAUCAUAAAAAGCACCAUAAAUAAAUGCAUAUAUAUAUAUAGAAAUAUAAAAAAUAAAAAAUAAAAAAUAAAAAAAUACUAUAGUGAAAUAUAAUGGCCACAAAUCACAACUACUAUUUCUCGACUUGAACUCUUUGUGUGAUCCAAGAAGCACAGAUCCAGCCCCUCAGGUGGUGUGAUUUCAGUCAGAAGAAGCAGUGGAGUCCUAACAGGUGUUUUUGCAGACUAAUCAAAAUGUACCAAGCGUUCACAAUGAGUGGCUGGUUAUGAUGGGUUUUUUUUUCCCCACAGUGUCAUCUGCUGUUUGUCAAGUUAACAAAACAACUGAAUGUUUGAGCGUCAUAAAUAACAACAUAAAUAACAAUUAGGCAAAUUCUGUGAUUAAAUCAAAUCAGGAAAUAGUACUUUACACCCGAAUGUCUUCUUGUUUACUUCAAAAAAAAAAUUACAAUAUGUUCUUUUCUCUUUUGUGCCAUAAAUAUCUCUGCUGCUCAUGCAUGAA